CACACGAUCAGUGCUCAAGCAAAGAUGGAGGGGGAGAAUGGCGAGGCAAAAAUAAUAAAGAAGGAGAAAAAACAGAAGAGAGGACAAAUAUGUUCACCAGAAAUCCAAAUCUGCGCAGCUGAGAACGGGAGCCAAGCCAAGAUUAAAAAGAAAAGGAAAAAAGUAGAAACCGUGGCAAAAGAAAAGGAAGAAAAAGCCGAUCAGAAGAAAGACAAGAAAAAAGCGAAAAGGAAGAAACAUGAUGAUGUUUCUUCAACUAUUGAAACGGAUGACGGUGAUAAGAGGAAGAAGAAGCCAGCAGGAGACGGUGUAAUUCAAACAGAAAACUUUACCUUGAAGGCUGGAAAAUUGGAGAAGAAGAAAAGGAAAGAGGAGAAACUCAAGGAAAAAUGUGUACAAAUCAAACCUGAAAAUAUGAAGGUAGAAAAAGAUGAGGAAAUGCCAAUCAGAAGUAAUAAUCGCAAGAAACCCAAGAAGGGAAAAGGCAAAGAUUUAGCUUCGAGGACAGCUGAGACUAAAGAGUUAGUUGUAGAAAAGAAAAAGAAAACUCCUGUAAUUACUAAUGGAGUUGGUGAAACAAAAGCAAAAAAGAAAGCAAAACUGUUGGAAAAUGGGAUAAAAGUGGAAAAAGAAGAGACAGAGGUCAGCAAGGUGAAAUUAAAAAGUAAGAAAGAGAAGGAGAGUAAAUCUGAGGGAAACGAAAUCAAAGCAAAGAGGAAAAAGUCGACAGAGGACGAGGAAAUUCUCCCAAAGAAAAAAAACAAGUUAAAAAACAAAGAGAUUUCUGUAGAGGAAGAUGUAAGCGAGGUAAAGAGUAAAAAGAAAAACAAGAGUAAAAAAGCCAAAGAGGAAGAUGGGAACGUAGAAGCAGAGGAGAUGGAGCCACAGAAGAAGAAAAGGAAAAGAGUGAAGGAGGAGGAGGGUGUGGAGGACGGCAUCGCUCUGGCUGCUGAGCCGCAGAGCAAGAAGAGCAAAAAGAAGAAAAACUCAGCUAAAGACGGUCAGGACGUGAACACCGAGGCCAAGGCUACGGGGAAAAAGAAGAAAAAAAACAAAGAGGAGCAGGAAGACUCACAGGACUUUCCCAAAGGCGAUGUCGUUUUCCUGUCGGCAAAGCCCGGAAACAGCGAUGAGGUCGCCAUUAAUCAGGAGAGAAGAAAAGCUCUUCAAAUGGAGAUCGAGGAGGCUUCCCAACCUGAUAAACCUGCAGUUUUGGGUCAGUGGAGUACCGCUCAGUUCGACAGCUCCCAACAGCAGCAGAAGUUCCUGCGGCUGAUGGGCGGCUUCAAGAAGGGCUUCCAGCCAGCCGGGGCCGCGGCUGGAGGAGCCAACAUGGCGCUGGGGAAGGACGCGCAACAGCAGCUGCAGCAAGGGCUUCUGGGACAGUUUGAGCGAGCACACGCACGGAAAAUGGACUUCAGCAACAGAGGGGCGGGACUUGGGUUUACGGCGCCCUCCAACAAGAAGUUCUCCAUCGACAUCAAUGCGUCUCGAUCCGUCCGCUUUGAUGACUAACUACGGAGGUCGGCGUUUUUGUACUUCGAGUAUUUAUUCAACUGGAGGAUGUAGUUUAUAACUCAGUGUUUUAUAUAAUGGCAUUUUGUGAAUGAGAAAUUUGCUUAAUCGUAUGUUGUGCUAUGGUUUUGUAAAUUUCUCUGAAGACAUGAUUUUAAUAAAUUCUCAAAAAAAAUCUUUCAAUUUUUACUUUUUUUUUCCAUCUGACAAUGUGUUAUACACAAAUUGGCUUUUAUUUAUUUUUUUAAAGGUUAAAAACUGGAAUGGUUUGGAAGCCUUUCAAACAGAUGUGAAUGUCUGGACACACUGGGCUGAGCAGCAACUUGACUAGCAGCCGACAUUCAAUAAAAAAAGUCACAGGCAAAUGCUCUGAUAGUCAUUUAAUUUCAAUCCUGCACAUUAGCAGUCAGGGACAGAAUAAUAAAAGAAAAAGAUCACUUUAAGAAAAGCAGAAAAUCAAGUUUGUUAGUGAUGGCUCACAGACAUUCAGCGGGAACAUUGUGCUGGAAUCAUACAUUGUGUUUCAUUGUGUUCCAAGCAUAGCAGCCUUGUUAAAGUCACUUUGCUUUAGGCUUUCCAGUUCCACUUUAAAAAUACAGAAAGUCUUGCAAGGAUACAAAAAAUACAGGCUAUACGACAUGGAUCAUCUUUCUGUAAAUUCCUAUCGACAGAUCAGCCACAGAAUCUGCACAAUCUGCAGGAAAGAUGCCUACUGCUAAUUCAUGUCUUUAUACAGAAAACCUGUGUUAUAAAAAUCCAAGUUCCAACCACUUUAAGGUUUUAAGACGAAUUUGUUUUCAUUUAAUUUUGUAAAUUAAUUAAUGAGGGGUUUCAGUAUUUUUUGAUGGGGUUUAAUGGAGUAUUGGAACAAUAGACAGCAGUCAGGAAAGACGUGUAAAUACUCAGAAAAGGCCCAUUCAGGAGAAACUUUCCACCUUGCAAGUCUACUGAAGCAGAAUGCUUCAAGUGAGCGUGUUGCUUUAACACAUUGCAUCCAUUACCCACAGCAGGGUAAUCUUCUUCCAAUUAGAAGGUUGGGGAACAGGGUGCCGAAGCGUCCCUGAGCAGGACUGACCACCUGAUUCCCCUUUGAUACGCUUAUAUACAUCUCGUAUAUACGCAUAUAAAAGCAGUAUAAAAUGAGAGCGUGUGUAAAAGAAGGCGCUCGGCAGAACCUCACCGAGGUUAAAGAGGCGCCCUUUAAAUUUACCUUGUCUUUGUUUUUUUAUUACCGUCCAUGUUGAAACCAUUAGUGUAUGGUUGGAGCACAGACCGCAGUCCAUGUCGACACGUUCUGUGUUACAAUGUUACGGUCGACCAAACGAUGCAGCGUAGAAAUUCAGAACACAGCACUCACAUUUGAAGCCUGACUUAUUCCAGGUGGCAGAAAUUUCACUUUUAAUGGAACAGUUCUUAACAGAGAAUUACUCCAUUUGACCCCAAAUAAAACCUGACCUUUCCCCAUGAAGCAGCGGGCUCAAACUCCGGUCCUCAAUGGCCGGUGUCCUGCGACUUGUACACGUCUCUCUGCUUCAGCACGCCUGACUCCAAUAUUAGAUCGUCCGCUAAUCUGUAGAGCUUCACUGCAUGUUAGCGAGGCGAUUGAGCCGUUUAGUUCAAGCGUGGAGGACACCGGCCCUCGAGGAACGCGGUUUGAGACCCGCUGAUUUAAAGAAAAUUGUGCAAAAAUGGUUUCAGGUACAGCGAGCUUUCGCAUCUUCUCGCAUUGCAACUACGAGUUUCAGUGGAUUUUUACUGGCUUUUAAUAUGAUAAACCAACACAAAGUGGUGCUUAAUCUUAAAGUGAAAUAAAAACGAUGCAUGGGUUUCAAAACGUUUUCAAAUAAAACAUCUGAAAGGUGCGGCGCGCUUUUGAAUCUGCCUUCCUUUGGAUUCACACCGACAUUAAAUCUCACACAGACGACCUCCAUUUACCUGUCAGGGGACGUUUGAAGGCGACUUGUUGCUCUGUAUUUUUAGGCGGAGGUCGUAUCAAAGUGAAGGGUGCUGAAUCCAAAUGUACGCCACACAUUUCAGAUGUUUUAUUUGUAAGCAUGCAUCAUUUUCUUUCCAUUUCUCUUUACUGCAAGACUUUUUGUCGAUCUCAUAAAUUCCUAAUUAAAUGCUUUACAUAUUGUGGUAAGUGAAGAUUUGAAACUGUUCAAAGCGGUGAGAUGACUUUAGAAAUCCCCGGUACGUUGUUGGUUUGGAAUAAAACUUU